AUGGGAAGCUGCGUAAAUAUGAAUGCGAACUUCGUAUCGUACACAGAAUUCAGUGAGCAUGUCAAAUCUGAGUUCAAAGUCGGUGCUCCAAUGACACCAACGUUUACGUACUGGAUUCCAUCUACGAUGCCCUUUAUAGGUACCGUCAAGAAUCCGUCGGUCGCUUUUACGACAGAUGGGGGAUUUUCAAACUACAAGGCGAUGAUGAGAGCGAUGGAUAAAGGAGUAACCCUAUUUGUUGGGUUCAAACCGGUACACAACGAAGAGCAAGACUACGUUGGCUGUCAGAGAGAACUCGUGAACAGUGUGGAAGAUGAAUUCCCUUCAAACUGUACACGAGAGAGGGGAGACAGUCAGACACCGCAAGGUGUAGGAGAUGACGUACAGGCAACUGACUCUCCCGGUGAAGCUGAGCGUGUGAUUAGUCUAGCCGAAGACGACGAGUUUUUUUUGAAGGAGAGGAAGAAGCAGUUUCGGAUGAAGACCCAGCUUCAGAUGAGGAAUUCAAGGACUUUGAAGGGAGUAUCAGACAUGAAUCAUAAGACGAGGAAGAUGUAG